GGUUCAAAAGCUCCUAGAAGUCUCACAACAGGGUCACACGCAGUGACUUUACACUGUUAAAUCCUUUAAAAAAAAAGUUUUACACCGAAAAAGGAAAGGGAAAAAAAGGACAAAAGAUGAGCUUCUGGUGAAUGCUGUGACGGCAGACCUUUGGCCCCACUCAGCGGACCAGCGUCGAGCUCAGACACCUGAUAGCUCCAGUGUGCCGCACCGUCUGGUUCAGAGCACGCAGCGCUGUCUGCGUUGACUUUGGUGACAUGCGAUGGAAAUAGAUUACACCUCCAAGCAGCAGAAGAUCCACUUAAAAGCGUCGUUUUGGGAUUAACAGACGCGUGAACCCGCUAAAAGAGAGCCCCCACGCGUAACUCGCAGCCCAUUAGCGCAUUUCAUGGAGAUCCUUAGAUGACAAGACCCGCUGCACGCUGCGGGUUGCGCUCAGCAACACGGAUCUGUAAUUUUGGAACAUGGCGAGAGGGAUGAGAGGAGCUCAUCUCCUCUUUGGAUUUUUUAUUCUUGGGUUGACGCUUUUCAGGGACGCGGACGGACAACAAACUUUUAAUGACUUAACAGGUUUCAGUUUGAAUCCACCAUACUUUAACCUCGCACAGGGCUCCGGGAUCUCCGCUACAGCAACCUGCGGACAGGAUGAGGCUGGCAUACCGAGAUAUGAUUUAUACUGUAAACUAGUCGGAGGGCCUACAAAUGGACUUCUUACUCAAAAUAUACAGGGUCAGUUUUGUGACUACUGCAACUCCGUUGACCCAAACAAAGCCCACCCUGUGACCAAUGCCAUUGACGGGACUGAACGGUGGUGGCAGAGCCCUCCUCUCUCCAGGGGGACUGUCUACAAUGAGGUGAAUGUUACCCUGGACCUUGGACAGCUCUUCCAUGUCGCAUAUGUCCUCAUUAAGUUUGCGAAUUCACCACGUCCUGACCUGUGGGUGCUGGAGAGGUCUGUCGACAAUGGGAAAACCUUCACCCCCUGGCAGUAUUUUGCACAUUCAGCACGUGAGUGUAUUGAGAGGUUUGAAAAGCAGCCCAAUGCCCGUUUAUUAAAUGAUGACGACCAGCUCUGCAUCACAGAAUACUCGCGGAUCAUCCCUUUGGAGAAUGGAGAGGUUGUGGUAUCCCUUGUCAACGGCCGUCCGGGGGCCAAAAACUUUACCUACUCACCUGCGCUGCGAGACUUUACAAAGGCUACCAAUAUCCGCUUGCACUUCCUCCGCACCAACACCCUGCUCGGCCACCUCAUCUCCAAGGCCCAGAGAGACCCCACCGUUACACGCAGGUGUUUCUCCCAUGCCUUCGACUGUUAUUACGACCCAGAGGUGGAAAAAAGGGGAACAAGUUUAGACACCUUCGGCAGGUUUGAUGGAGGAGGAGUGUGCAUCAACUGCCAGCACAACACUGCUGGAGUGAACUGUGAGAGAUGCAUUGAAGGCUUCUACAGGCCUUACGGUGUACCUACUGAGUCUCCCACCGGAUGCAUACCCUGCGGCUGUGACGAAAGAACGACAGCUGGAUGUGAAAUGGGGUCUGGAUGGUGUAUCUGCAAGCCACAGUUUGCUGGAGAAAACUGCGAUCGCUGUGCUGAUGGACACUAUUACUACCCAGACUGCUUUCCGUGUAUUUGUGACUACAGAGGGACUCUGGGUGGGAUAUGCGAUGCUUUAGGCCGCUGCCUGUGCCAGCAGAGCGUGGAGGGCGAGCACUGCGACCGCUGUCGACCUGGAUACCACUCCUUCCCAAACUGCCGGGCAUGUCUCUGUGAUGGGGCCGGCGUGGCCGACAGCGUGUGCGGUCCAAAUGGUCAGUGUAUUUGUCUCUCCAAUUAUGGGGGACGGGAGUGUGAUGAAUGUGCGCCAGGCUACUAUGGAUAUCCUGACUGUGCUGCCUGCCGGUGUUCACAGGAAGGCUCAUAUGACACAACUUGCGACCAGUUAUCGGGUCAGUGCCUCUGCCUUCCAGGUGUGCCUCCAUCAGUGUGUGUAACACAGCAGGAACUGAAGCGUCUGAUCCUCGAACGGGCUCUUGCCGCUGCCUAG